UGCCCUGUACUCUCUUUACUUUAUAACUCUCACAAUUUCUCCGCAGAUUUUCCAGCUGCUAGGCUGGAGGGUCUUCUAAAUUCUGCUCUGUUCUGGAAGAUACAGUUCAACGUCUUCUUUCGGCUUGCCUGUCAGAGGAUGUCUAAAAUAUAACAGGUGUGAUCAAAUCUCCAAUAUAUUUGACUGAGUGUAUUUUGAUAUCUCCGUCUAUUUAUUUUCAAUUAUGGCACCCUGAGAUCUGGUAUCGUACCUUCGGGUCGCAAACAGCCCCAUAUUAUGGCUAGUUCAUCACUUACUUAGGACCUACGAGAGGUACCGAAAGCUUUUAAUGAGGCAGAGUCUUGUGCGCUCAUGAUCGGUUUUGUGCCCCAAUCUCCGAUUUCUUGAACAUGUUCUUCCAGUCCCAACAUCAACGUGACUGCGCCGCCAAACAAGAGGAACGACAGAAAACAUUGGAUGGGUUGUCCUCGUCGUUCUUCGAGCCAUGCACAGAGUCCGAUAAUAAGGUGCUUGACUUGUCCCUAAGCGAACUAGUCCAACGCCAUAACGCGGGUUCACUGUCAACGGCGAGCAUUUUGAAUGCUUAUGGAAAGAAAGUGGUCUCAGCGCAGAAGGCCACUAAUUGCCUAGCCGGGAUCAUGAUUCAAGAAGCUCUAGUCCCGAAAGUUCCAGCUCCUUCAACUGGCUCUGACGGCACAGACAUUCCCGAACAACCCGCGAAACUCCUCUCCGGUGUCCCUGUCAGCAUCAAAGACUGUAUCGAUAUCGAAGGCUACGACACUACUGUUGGUUAUUCUUCUAAAGUUAAUCACCCCGCUUCGUCGUCUGCAGCGAUAGUCCGACUUCUUCAUGAUGCAGGGGCAAUCGCUCACGUGAAGACUACCGUACCCCCCGGUCUUCUCGGAAUGGAGACAUCAUCAGACCUUUUUGGGCGAACGAGUAAUCCGUAUAACGAGAAGUUCUCCAGCGGCGCUUCGACUGGUGGUGGGGGCGCACUUCUUGCAUGCAGGGGGAGUGUCAUCGAAAUCGGCACAGAUCUUGGCGGCAGCAUAAGGUUGCCCGCCCAUUAUUGCGGACUCUAUGCUAUGAGGUCUUCGAUAGGACGGUUUCCAUGUCAGGGAACGCAUCCCCCUGUACCUGGAUUAGAAACAGUGGCCACUACAUCCGCUCCAAUGUCUCGAAGACUGGAAGACCUUGAAGAAUUUUGGAAGCGUGUUGUGGAGAUGCGGCCAUGGGAGUAUGACCAUACGUGUGUUCCAUUACCUUGGCGACCCGCAAAUCUUCAAGAGACGAAGCUGAAGUUUGGAGUCGUUUGGGAAGACGGCAUUGUUCCUCCCUCUCCUGCUUGUCGUCGUACUUUGGAAUGGGUCUGUGAUGCAUUGGAGAAGCAAGGUCAUGAAGUAGUUGAUUUUGCACCCCCUAGCAUCCCAGAAGGUCUGAAUGCCGGAUUUCAGUUAUGUUUUGGAGAUGGGGGGGUUGCUUUCUUUGGUGCUGUGCGUAAGGACGAGAAACUUGAUCCCGUGAUGGUUGCUAUCAAGUCUUUGUUGGGGAUGCACCUUUGGCUCAAGAAGUUCUUGGCAAUGGUAACGCGUAAAACUACUGGUGAUGAGGUCUGGGCAUCUAUGCUCGAGACGAUUCACCUCAAAUCGCCAGCCGAAGAACGCGUGCUUGUCGUCUCCCGAGACGAGUACAGAGAAAAGUGGCACCAAGCAUGGGAAGAUGAAAGGUUCGACUUUUUGCUGACGGUUCCACAUUCAUUGCCCGCUAUCCCUGCUGGAACCGCAGAGAAGGUGACCCUAAUAUCUGCUGCCUACACGAUGAUUUUCAAUAUCUUGGACUAUACUGCCGGUGUUCUCCCAGUAUCUUUUGUUGACCGCCAGUUGGACGGGCUACCGAAAGAUUUUAUGAAGAGUUCCGACUACAAGAACAUGGGGUUGAUUUCUAAGGGUGCAUACUCUGUUUAUGAUGCGGAUAAAAUGCACGGCCUGCCCCUUGGCGUGCAAGUUGUCGGAAGGCGUUUUGAGGAAGAGAAAGUCUUGCAGGGGAUGAAGAUCGUUGAAGAUGCUCUCGAGGCAUGCGGUCGUAAGUUCAUUCCUCGGGAAUUCUAGGGUGACUUUGAACAUCGUUAAAUUGGAUCUUGACUUAUGUGAUAAACUGUGCACUAUCUUUGUUUAUUGUUAACUGUUCAUACUUCAUGUCCACUGUAGUCGUCGUACUGCAUUGACCUUGUAAUGAUUAUCCUGACUCCACAAUGUGGGGAGCCUCGGUUGUGUAUGCACGAAACAUCUAGCCAAAUGUGUGCCUGCCUUUUUAUGACAACUGAGGCUCAGCCAACCUGUUGGUUAAAAUUAAAGCUGCAGAGUAGAGGUACAAUAAUAGUCACGAUUUUAUUUGACCAUUUUAUUUCGUCAGCAUGAUGACAGUCAACAAGAAAAAUAGGCACGUUAUUGAGUGGCCAUUUUAUUUCGCACUCGGCAUACUGUAUCGAGUACGGAGUUUGAUAUGAGAGAGGGCUGCCGAAAUGCCGACUGAGUGAGAUCAACACACCCAGUACGAG